AACUCUCGAUCAAAGACCUUGAAAGUAGUCUUCAGCAAAAGAAGGAUGACAUUGCAAGAUUUGAAGAAGAAAGGACGGAUCUCAUUGCUAAGAUUGAAGCUGGCGGUGGAGCUGAAACGGUGAUUGAACAACUCAAACAAGAAAAGGAAAGUUAUCAGACACGGCUUCAGCAGCUGGAAGCUACGCUACAAACUCAAACACAAGAACAUUCGACGAAGAUUGAGGAGAUGCAUAAGCAACAAAAAAAGGUCGAGGAAGAGUUGGCAAGAGAAAAAGACAACACUGCCAAACUUGAGAACACAGUGACAGAUCUUACAUCACAGUGUACGAUUUCGUUACAACAAAUGGAGGAGUUCAGAAAGGAAGUUAAAGAAAAAAGCGAAAGCCUUGUGGCUCUCGAAGCCGCCAAGGCCGCUGAAAAGUCUGUCUUGGAUGAACAAGUGCGAUCCUCUCAGGAGACUUUACAGGAGAAGCUCAAGGAACUGAGUGCCCUUCAACAGCAGAAUGUGAAGUUGAAAGAAGAUUAUGACAGCAUAAGGGAAAGCCACACAAAACUUGAAAUCCAAGCGAAGACCUUAGAAAUGGAACUGGAAAAUCAUGCAAAGAGGGCAGCACAGCUUGAAACUGAAGUGAAGGGAAAGGUUGAGGUAAUGACAUUGUUACAACAAGAGAAAGCGUCCGAGAAAAGCACCUUGGAAAAACAGAUCGAUGAUGCGCAGCAGUCCUUGAGCAAAAAGGAAAAAGAAAUUUUGGUUUUAAGAGGAGAAUUGCAAGAGUCUAAGGAAAAAUCUGCAGAGAGCAUCAAAUCUUUGGAGAUUGAAAAGGAGCAACUGUCAUUAAAUUUGACAUCUACCAAGACUUUACUAGAAGAAAAGGAGAAACUUAUUUCCAAUUUGGGAUCUGAACAGCAAGAUGCAAGAAAGGAAAUUGUUUCGUUAAAGGAACAGUUAGCUUCUACUUCGCAAUCCCUAAAGGAGAAGACUGAUCAGAUGGAAAGUACGAAUAAACAUUACAUGCAAGAAAAGCAAGCUCUAGAGGCUAAACUGUCAGAAUUGGAUGCGUCCAGCAAGAACCAAGUCUCAGAGUUAAUGCAAAUGCUAAAGAAUGUAAAGGACAAGUUAAAAGAAAAAGAGGAAAUGUGUGACAAGCAAGUCACAGAAUGCCAACAGCUUCAGUCAAAGAUUCAACAAAUUGAGCAGGAAAAAUCAUCUGUCGAUGAAGCCAUGAAAGAACAGGGGAAGGCUCAUCAGGAACGGCUAACAGUUCUAGAAACUGAGCACACUGUCAAGGAAUCAAAGCUACAUGAACAAAUUGCUGAACAAGAAAAAAGUGUCAGUGAGCUGCACAAAUCUCUUGAGCAAAAGGAUGAACGAAUGAACGGAAUGCAAAGGAAAAUCGAGGUUCUGGAGGAGGAGUUGAGAAAGGAAUGCGAAAGUUGCAAGAACUACGAAGCUCAGCUCUGUAAACUGCAAACUGCUUCCAAGGAGGCACAAGAGAAAAUUAGCCGGCUCGAGAAGGAUCAGGAAGACGCGCGGAGUGACAUUAAGGAACUUCAGAACCAGGUUGCAGCAGGAGACGAGGAACUUGGACAAUUCAAAAGGCAGGCAGAAGAAACUGAGAGUGAUUUGAGACAGACUGUGGAACAACUCAAUGAAGCUAAGAAUGCCUUAGAAACUCAAGUUUUAAAUCUGGACGGCGAUCUUAAAGCUUCAAGAGAACUAACACAGAAGACCAAGGAGGAAAGAGAUUCCUUUGAGCAAGAAUUAGAAAGUCAGAGAGAUGCUUUCAAUGGACUGAGAAUUUCCUUGCAAACGAAAAUAGCGGAAUUGGAGAAGAAUGUUGCAGCUGAACAAGACGCCAAGGAGCAGGCUCUGCGAGAGGCUCAGGAAAAGCAACAACUCUUAAUUAAACAGAAACUGGAGCUCGAAAACAAGCUGGCCAACACAGAAAAAGACCUAAAGAAGGCAAUCGAAGAGCACGAAGAAACGAAAGAAGUCUCCAAACGAGUUCAGUUGCUAUUGAAAGAGGAGACGGCCGCUGUUCAGACUAAACUGGCAAACGAAACGCAAGAACUUGAAGAACUUAAAAAGUCAAAAGAACAAACUGAAACGAGGCUUAACAUCCAGAUAUCUUCACUGAAUGAGAACCUGGCGGCUGCUAGGACUGAGGCCGAGAAAUUUCAACAGGAGACGAGAGAAGCUGGGGAGAAACUUGUAGAUGCUGAAAAACGAAAUGAUGAUUUAAAGGGAGAAAUAGCCGUGUUGGAAGCAACUGUUCAAAAUAACUUAGACGAAAGAAGAAAAUUACUUGAAAGAUGUGUGGCUAGUGAUGAAACGAUAGAAAAACUUAAAAAGGAAAUUGGAGAGCUGAACAAAAAAGUUGAAAAUGCACAGGCAGCCAUGAUGGAAUUAACACAAGAGAAUCAGUCUUUACAGAUAACAACUAAUCAAAAGAACGCGAGACGAUGGGAAAGUGAUAGUGAUGUUACGGUCUGUAAUGGCUGUGACAGACAAUUCUCUUUGAAAAUUAGAAAGCACCACUGUAGAAAUUGCGGUUUGAUUUAUUGUGGUGAUUGUACAACGAAAAGUGCUCCACUGACGUCUAGUAAGAAGCCUGUAAGAGUGUGUGACAAGUGCUUCGAUGAAGUCACGUCAGGCACAGCUAAAUCGUAUUCUCUGGGCACAAACCAAGGCUUCAGCUGAGAAGACUACGCAAGAGUAGAUAUAAAUGUUUUCGCCAGCGAAGAGCGUCACAGUAUGUUUUUUGGAUCUCGAUAUGUUGUGCAUCUCGUUGUAUUUUACUUAGGGAUCAUAAAUGAUUUACAUAGAGGUCGUUAGGUUUUUACUAUUGGGAACUUUACUUAACCCUUAAGAGUGACCAACGUCUAAUAUCUCCUUACAAUAUCACCCUGAAUCACACAUGAAUGUCGUGAGAAUUAUGGAAACAAUCACCAAUUCAAGAAGCUCUUGAUUGUUAAACAAAUUCUCCUUGUAAGCAGCUUAGGAAAUGUCUAGAGAGCAGUAUGGAGAAUAUGCUUACUGAUGUCAGGGCAUAAAGGGUUCAAAGAAGGAAUGAUGAGUGUUAAAUUAAACGUUUUGUAUCGUAUAAGAAUUGGUAAAUGUAUUUUCUCUGGUAGGACAAAUGCGAAAGGUAGAGAAGUUUUUUAAAACGACUAAAAUUGAUUAGUCAUCAUUAGCUUCUGUAAAUAUUAAGCAAAAAAUGGAUAUUUAGGUUUUCUUUAGUGGUUGUAAUUAUCAUAAGUUAAAACUAAGAGGUAAGGAACUUACUGAGCCCAAGUGGUAAGAUUUUAACCACGGAUAACUAAAAAAUGUCAGCAGUAUUUUUUAUAGAAUAUUUCCUAACGUAUUGUUAAGGUGGUUUUUUAUUGAUGUUCUAUGUCACUUGUAAAGAACUCGGAAUUUACCGCCCAAGGGAUGUAAAAGUGGAGAAUUGUGAUUUUGGAACACGACAACAAGUUAGUUAAAGCGUGAUAGGAUACUUUUCAAUUCAGUAUUGUAAAACCAAAACCAAUGUUAUAACAGCCAAUUAGGGAAAGGACAGUGCUUUAAAAGCCAACGAGAAUUCAAAGUUAAAACAACCAAACCGCGCGGGAAAACGCGGGCGACCAAGUCAUGAUUGGUUUUAAGUUCUGCAUCUGAUUGGCCGAGAGAGUGGCACUAGAUUUCUGAGCCAAUCAUAAUCGCCUAAGCGCGGGAAAACGCGGGCGACCAAGUCGUGAUUAAUUUUAAGUUUUGCAUCUCAUUGGCCGAGAGAGUGUGGCGCUAGGUUUUUGGGCCAAUCACAGAUUACUUUCGACACACAGUGAUGAAAAUUGCUUUUUUACAAUGCGGUAUGAGCUCGAGGAUGUCUAAUGUUGUCCAUUUAGAACGACUUUGUAGAGGAAGCUUUUGAUAAAUUAUCGUACAUGCCUCCUUUUAUCCUACACAAUCGAUACCGAUGCACUAACAUGAUAAGUGUAUAUUUUAUUUUUGGGAUUUAUUAGCUUGCAGUGUGGACAUAAGGGCGGCAUUGAUACUUUCCCCACCCUCCAUCCCCUGAUUCCCUAUCGCCAACUGUCGUUAUAAAUGGUUUUCUAUCCUCAAAUCUUCAAAAUGAAAUUUAAACUAGAGAUAAUUUUCUAAAAUCAUACCCGCCUGAGCUAAUAAAGGACCUUUUUGGACAUUG